AUGGGCAAAACAUGCAGAGCAAAUCAAGCCUCGAGGCCUAACAAGGACCGCGAUCCAGAACUGUAUGGAGAGUUCAAAGCAUCUCGAUACUUCGUUACGCACUUUGGGGUGCUCGAAGUCAGUAUCAGCGCGACCGUACGACAUCGCCCGGUGUACCCGAACCUACCACAUCGCCUCAUUCACCUGCUCUGUGAGGAGAUCGCCAAGAAGUAUUAUGUGCCAUACGUCCGCCAGCGCGGCCUUCCCCGCAUCCUCGAUGUGGCCACGGACGAACCAGUCUACCCGUCCUUGCUCGCCGAGUGGUCGGGCCGUGGCCAAAUCACUGGUCUGCAAAUACUUGACCCGAAGACUGCGGGUUUGUCCUCGACGAAGAAAUGCACCGACGAAUUGACGAAGGCUGCCCGUGGCGAUCAGCGUGGGAUUGUUGUCGCCAAAGAAAUACACCGAUCCAGGGAUGAAAAAUACCAGUGGUAG